UGCGGAAAUAGUACAGAAGGCCUCUAAUUAUACCGUCUACAAUAUUAUUUAUAGACUUUGAACCAUAUAGUACGUAAGUAUGUAAUUGUAUAUCUGUCGCGGUUCAUUUUAUCCUUCUCUGUUGCGUGAACCAGCGGUUAGGAGCGACACUAAAUCAAGUGGGAAUGAAACUCGUUGAAACAACGCUAGACAUGGUAACGGAUCCAUGACUGUGCUUCUGUUAUUAUCAACGCCAGUAACGGUUAAACCUAUUGCAUGUGUCGAAAUGAAGGACGAGAAGAGUAACUCUAUAUUGCCCACUGAAGCGACUCGAUUGAGACCAAGAUUGGAAAGUUUCGAUGAUGUUCUGCCGUAUGUCGGUGACUACGGGAGAUAUCAAUGGCUGUUGUUAUUGUCGUUACUACCUUAUGGCGCGACGUACGCGUUUCUGUAUUUCUCGCAAUUUUUCAUUACGAUUAUUCCCACGGAACACUGGUGCAGGAUAGACGAAUUAGUAAACUCGAAUUUCACCGAAGAAGAGAGGAUUAAGAUAGCGAUUCCAGUGACGAACGUUUAUCCUUAUUACGAACAAUGUCAACGGAAGGACGUAAACUUCACAGAGCUGUUGAAGAGCGAUAAGAGCCUGAGCUCAUCGGGCUUCCAAACAAACAAAACGAUAAAAUGUACUCAAUGGGAGUAUAAUUUUACGCAGAUUCCAUAUCCUAGUAUAGGAACUGAGGUGAAGUAUUCACAUCGUUGUCUGAAUCGCAUGCUUCGAAAUUCUUACACUUCUGCUGCGUUCUUUGGGUCAUUUCUAGAAUGGGUAUGCGACCGAGAAUACCUCGUAUCAACGGCGCAGGCCAUCUUCUUCUGCGGAUCCAUCAUCGGUGGUUUCCUAGUCGGUUGGAUCGCCGAUCACAAGGGUCGUAUCCCAGCUUUAAUGUUCUGCAAUGGUAUCGCCCUUUUUGCCUCCAUUUUCACUGCCAGCGCAAAUAGUUUUUGGUCAUUCGCCGUCUGUAGGUUUCUCACUGGACUGGCGUUCGAUAACUGUAUCAACAUUCCUCUGAUUAUCGUCUUACAAUUAUCCUACAACUACAUCGCAGUGGCCAGUACAAUUUUACCAUGGAUAGCCUAUUAUAUCGCGAACUGGAGAUAUUUUACUUACGUUACUGCCAUACCGCUGUUAUCUGUCGCUAUCACACCGUGGAUUCUUCCCGAGAACGCCCGCUGGUACGUUUCCAACGGGAUGAUGGACAAGGUUGUUGAGAAACUACGGAGAAUAGCUAGGAUCAAUCGUAGAAAUCCAGACUCGCGUAUUUACGAUAUAUUAGUUAGUAACAUGGAGGCACCGGACAAAAUUCAAGAAUCAGCGACGCUGCUCGAUCUGUUCAAAACGCCACGGUUGGCGAGAAACACUAUUCUUCUAGUUGCAUUCUGGUGUUUUACCCUGAUCUCGUUCGACGAUCACGUGUAUUCAUUAAAACUUAUCCAGAGCUCGGUGUUCGUGUCGUUCUCGAUCGCCUGUGCCACAGAACUUCCAGCUGGGUUAUUACUCGCCCUGUUGCUCGACCGAUGGGGUCGUAGACUCUGCGGAUUUCUCACGAUGGCAAUGACCUGUGUACUCAGUAUCGCUGAACUUAUGCUGCAUUCCAUGCUCGCGAAAUUAGUAAUGUCAAUAUUGUCGCGAUUCUGUCUGAACAUGGCAGCCAAUGUUGGUCUUCAGUAUGCAGCAGAACUUCUGCCCACGCCAGUCAGAUCGCAGGGCGUAUCUUUCAUUCAUAUUUUCGGAAUAGUUGCACACUCUUUGGCGCCAUAUAUCACUGACUCGGCUGCAAUUUGGGAGGGAUUUCCAAUGCUCAUUAUCAGCACGGUGUCCUUUUUUGGCGCUGCACUGGUUUUGUUCUUGCCGGAAACUGUCGGCCAGAAUCUUCCUCAGACUAUCAAGCAAGGCGAAGAAUUCGGAAGGGACCAACAUUUCUGGUCGUUGCCUUGCUACCAUAAGACACACUUCAAUGGACAUCAACACUAUCACUCCUGUGAACGAUAAUUAUCUGAUUUUUAAUAAUAAUUCAAUUAAAAAACACGAAGGAGGAUUCGUGUUUUUUUAGAAGUAACAAUAUUACAAGCGGAUCAGUCUGACGAUUUUUGUACGAGAAAAAAUCGGAACAUAUUAUUUUUCUAUUCUCCUACAUUAAUUUUUAUUUUUAUCGUUUACGUUUAAGAAUUUGUAAGCCUUAAUUCUAAAAAGAGCGAGCUUAGAAAUCGU